AUGGUCCAAAAUUCCCGGAGUGUCAAUUACCUUAAAAACAGAAAACAAAUAAUUAAAACAAUUCAAUUAUUUAAAACUAUUUACUACUCAUUGCAGCAGCAGCAGCAGCAGCAGCAGCAGCAGCAGCAGCAGCAGCGCCGCUGCUGUCGCUCUAGAACGAGCCGCAAGAUCUCCAUCAGGAGCAUCCACCCCGCAGCAGGCGCAGCAGCAGCAGCGCAGCAACCCAGCAGCAACAAAGCAGCAGCAGCAGCAGCAGCGCAGCAGCACAACAGCAGCACAGCCCCAGAUCAGCAACAAAGCAGCAACAGCGCAGCAGCAGCAGCGCAGCCACCACCACCACCACCACCAGCAGCGCAGCACCACCAGCAGCAGCAGCGCAGCACCAGCAGCAGCAGCGCAGCACCACCACCAGCAGCGCAGCACCACCAGCAGCAGCGCAGCACCACCACCAGCAGCAGCUGCGCUGCUGCUGCUGCUGCUGCUGCUGCUGAGCAGCAGCAGCAGCAGGAGCGGAGCAGGGCGGACCUGCCAGCGCGCGUAGAGGUGGUCGAAGUGGCCGACGAAGAGGCUUUUGGUGGUGAAGGCGAAGGGCUGGACUUCGACGUUGGCGUUGGAAAGUUUAUUCAAAAAAGAACUUUUUCCGACAUUUGGAAAUCCCGCGAGCAGCAAAGUUCGCUGCGCAGUUUGAAUGCUCGGCAGCCGCUGCAGGUGCUGCCGCACUUCCUCCAGCAACAGAGCCCAGCGCCAACUUGUAGUGGUCUCUGUCGUACAAAAUGUUCAGCAAGUCCGCGUAAAACGGAUGCAGACUCUGCACACACCCGCUCCACAGCCCACCUCCAGCUGCAGCAGCAGCAGCAGCAGCAACAGCAGCAGCAGCAGCAACAGCAGCAGCAGCAGCAACAGCAGCAGCAGCAGCAGCAGCAGCAGCAACAGCAGCAGCAGAAAAAGCACCCCCAAACCACCGCCACCCGCAGCAGCAGCAGCACACCACCGCCACAGCAGCAGCAGCAGCAGCAGCAGCAGCAGCAGCAGCAGCAGCAGUACCUCGAGUUUGGGAAAAAGGGCGAUGCAGCAGCAGCAGCAAACCUAGCAGCAGCAGCAAACCCAGCAGCAGCAGCAGCAGCAGCAGCAGCAGCAGCAGCAGCAGCAGCAGCAGGCGUUCUGGAGGCCGCUUGA